AUAUGUACAAGCCUUCUGUGCUGGCUUAACUAUAGUUAUUUUUGCAAGUUUAUAAAUUUGCAAAAAUAAGCUCAUGAUAAAAUUUAGCUAUAUAUGUACACCUGUUAUAAAACGGUUAUGUAUAUAUACUCGUCUAAUUUUAUAGUUCCGAUCCUUCAUCGUGCGAAUAAAAGUUUGCAAUUUUUUCUAAAACUUUUCUAAAACUUAUUCACAUUACAUAAUCAUUAAUUAAUUAUCUAUCUACUCCAAAUUAUAUUAAACUAUUUACAUGGGAAAAUUAACUCCUGAUUAAUUUGUGUUUGAUUCUCUACACAAUUAAUUUAAUAUCUGGUCACUCUGACCACAGGAUACAUUACGCUUCUCCUUCCUUCCUUCCGCCCAAUUCGUCUGCCGUGGCAGACUUAAUUCAAGCAUUCUUGCUGUAUGUAUAUUUGAUAUAGUCAUAUUUAUCUCAUGCAGGCAGAAUUUGGAAGGAGCAGGAAGUUGCAUACAUUAAUUACACGUGAGGAAACGCUGAGAAGGUCAUUUCGCAGGUUCUUCUUGUCGCGUCAUGCAACAAUCUUAAAUGAAGAGUGGUUACCAGUCCAACACCUGCUCACUCUGAAUGAGUGCAGGUUUAGUGCACUGCUUCAUUUCAAAUUGUGACAUGAUUUUAAAGUGACAUGCAGUGUUUUAUAAAACUUGAUACAAUUAAUUGUGUCCAUUUGUGGUCACUUUUUAAAAUCUCAAAGUGUGAAUAAUACUGGAUUAUUAACAGAGUGCAAAAUGCCACCGGUUUCAAAGUUAUCUUUUCCAGCGAGUGUAUUAGGGAUUAAAAGUGUGAAAAAUUCUUCCUCAGAAUCCGAUAUGGCGCUACCCGGAUCAAAACCGGAUACAACAUAUAUUCAAUCCAGUUUCAAAAAAUUGCGGAAAGUUGCCAGUAGAAAUGUAGUCGUCACACCGUACAAUUGGCUGGACGAUAAACGACGAGGAGAUGCUAUCGGAGAUUACUGGCGAGUACAUGACAAGCUCUACGACCUCACCAACUUUAUCGAGAAGCACCCCGGCGGAAGGGACUGGAUCGACGUGACGAGGGGGACCGAUGUCACCGAGGCCUUUGAGUCCUCUCACAUCCUCAACAUGAACAAAGUGGAGUCCAUCCUGGCAAAAUAUUACGUCAAGGAAGCCACACACCCCAGAAAUUCCCCCUACGAGUUCAAAGACGAUGGGUUCUACAAAACUUUGAAACGAAGAGUCGAACCCAUUUUAAAGAAAGUUGGGACGGGUCCUACAAAAAGGCUGCUGCUUACCCAAGACCUCCUCGCAUCUCUCUACGUCUUCACAUCCUGUUUGGGAGCAUGGUCGGGAUCCUGGCUGCUACAAAUUUUGGCAGGCAUAAUUUUAGGCAUGGUGGUCGUCGGGGCGCAUAACUUUCUUCACUUAAAGGACACGUGGCGACGCUUCUACUUUGACCUUUGCCCCAUGACCUCGUUCGAAUUUAGGAUCACACACGGGCUCAGCCACCACCUCUUUCCAAACACGAUUCUUGAUUACGAAGUCAUCGCUCUCCAACCGAUAUUUGAGUUGUUACCGAGCCGUCCAAAGAAUUUGCUGAAUCGUUACGGCUCCUUGAUUUACUCGCAUUUUGUAUACAGCCAAAUCAUGGGACAGGACAUUCUCAGACGUGUCCUGGCAAUUUAUUCCGGCCAGGCAAAAAUUCGUCCCGAGAACUUUCUCAUUUUCAUCCAGCUAGCAAUCUUCAUCUUUUUAUCUUCAAGUCUAAUCAACGGAACGCUUUGUUGGCUGAUCAUCUACUCUGCUGCGUCCUACUGGCUCGCAAUUGUUGGAUUAAACGCUGCUCAUCAUCACCCAGCCUGUUUUCAUGAUGGCGACGAAGCCAGACAUGAUCCCGAUUUCGGGCUGUGUCAAUUAGACUCGACGCUGGACAAGGCGGACGACUUUCAUAAGACUGAGCUCGCCGUUUUGACAACUUUCGGAGAACAUCCGUUACAUCACCUUUUCCCUUCGGUGUGUCACUCCAAGCUGCCUCUGCUCAAACCGAUUUUCGAACAAGUGCUUCACGAAUUCUUGGAGAAUAAUCGAUACGCGUCUCAACUCGAGCUUUUCAUUGGGACGCACCGACAAUACGCCAGGGUCACCAAGUGGUCUCGCAAAAGACAGUUGGGCUACCAGUUUGGCGAAUACUGAUUUAUGCAUAUAAAUCCGAUCCAUAUUUAAAUCCAUAUUUAUUAUUUAUUUUUAUUUUAAUUCCGCUACCGUUAUAAAAAUCCAGACAAGUGUAACGUUUAAAACGAGGCUCAACGAAUAAAAUAAGUCGAUUAAGACGUGCAAUACUUA